AGAUUCUUUGUCCUAACUGGCUCACAACCUUGUACCACAAACCAAUCUUUAACUACUCUCACUUCUAUUCUCUCUGUCUUUUCAUACUUUUUAUUCUUCCUUUUCCUUUUCCUUUCUUUCUCAACUUAUUUUUUCUUCUUUGGAUAUAUUAAGAUACAAGAAAGCAGCAGCAGCAGCAGCAUCAAAUCAAAUCAUCUUAGGUGGUGUGUGUGGGAAGUGAAUAUAUAUAAACAAAAAUCAGAUUGUGAUGAGAAUGGAGAAGCCACCAAUGCAUGGUGAUUGUAAACCACUAACAACAUUUGUUCACACAAACACAAAUGCAUUUAGGGAAGUAGUGCAAAGGUUAACAGGUCCCUCAGAAACAAAAGAUCAUCAACCAACAAAUAAGGUUCCAAUUGCAACUACUAUGAAGAAAACAACAAUAUCAAAACUUCAUGAAAGAAGGAAAUGCAUGAAACCAAAACUUGAAAUUGCUAAACCAUCUUUUCAAUAUCAUAAUAAACAACAACAACAAACAGGUUCAUGUUUGUCACCUACUUCUAAUAAAUCAAGAAAUUCUUCUAGCUUUCCUCCAAGUCCUGUAUCAGGAAUUAGUGCAACAAGUUCUUGUUCUAAUCUUCUUCCAAGUACUCCUACCACUCCUUCAACAAUGUUCUCUCAGUUAACUAUUAUGGAAGAAGGUCAAAAGAAACAAGAAAUAAACAUACAACAAGAUGAAGAAGAGAAAGCUAUCAAAGAAAGGAGAUUUUAUUUGCAUCCAUCACCAAGGUCUAAACCAAAUGGUUAUAACAAUGAACCUGAGUUACUCAUUUUGUUUCCUCUGGCUUCUCCUAAUGCAACUGAGAAAGUUUAAUUUUUAUUGAGGAUGUUACUUUUUUUUUAUCUUCACCAUGGUUGGGCCAGUUGAUAAGAAUUCAGCUGAUAUCUCACAACAACUUGGAUUCAAAUUUUAUUAUCGAUGUGAAGAAUUCAUUGGUGAGUAAUAUAAUCAUAUCUUUUUAAGACCUCUUUCACUCUGAGUUUUGGAAAUUUCUCGGAUCCUAAUGAACGUCGAGAUUCAACUCAACUAAAUUUUUAUUUAUUAAAAAAAAACAUGCUUCAAAUUAUAUAUACCAAGUGUAUGAUGACAAGUAUUUUGGAACAAAUGAAAUAAAUUUGUAAUGAUACCUUCCAUUUA